UUGAGGGAGAAUGUAAUUGGCAUUCUGACUGCAGGAAUGUCCACCAGAGCUGUUGCCAGAGAAGUGAAUGCUAAUUUCUCUACCAUAAGCUGUCUCCAACGUCGUUUUAGAGAAUUUGGCAGUACGUCCAACCGGCCUCAAAACCGCAGACCACGUUUAUGCUGUCGUGUGGGCGAGCGGUGUUAUGGUAUUGUCAGGCAUAAACUAUGGACAACAAACACAAUUGCAUUUUAUCAUUGGCAAUUUGAAUACACAGAGAUACCGUGAUGAGAUCCGUGGUGUCUGUGACCAACAGAUGCAUAUCUGUAUUCCCAGUCAUGUGAAAUCCAUAGAUUAGGGCCUAAUUUAUUUAUUUCAAUUGACUGAUUUCCUCAUACGAACUGUAACUCCGUAAAAAUCAAUGAAAUUGUUGCAUGUUGCGUUUAUAUAUAAUUUUGUGUAUAUUUUCAUGAGGCACCAACUCCUGUAUUCUAGACUGUGGGUUUUCCUUCGCAAAAGGCUACAUACAGCACCUCAGAAACUUUAUGAUUGAAUUGGAUCCACAGUAAUCUAGAGACCGAAUCAUGAUCUAGGCCCGAUCUAAUUAAUAUAUAUUCCUUAAUUAACAGCUGAGGGGUUGUCUGGGACCAAACUAUGCCGUCAUCCUUUUUGUGAGAAUAAAAGGUGGAAGAAUGGUGUAUUCUGCAUUUACACUUGACUCAAUGAAAAUGAUACCAUUAUAACAGAUUAAACCGUUUUCCCACCCAAAAAAGAAAGAGAAUGAUACCGUGACGAGGCUCUCACCGAGUGGGUCUGCCUGUCAUACAUUUGAUCAAAUCCGAUCCGAGUUAGCUGGCAGAAACAAUGAAAUAAAUAAAGGGUGGGUAUGACUGAGGAAGGCAGACUUCUGCUCUAAUGACAAUGCAGCACUUUACAGGAUCCUGUGAGGGUGGCUUAAUCACUUGUAAGGCUUGAUUGAGUGUAUGUUAAUAAACAUUAGACUGCCAGUGAUUAGUGGUUUAUGUGCUCUGCUCUUCCAUCCCCAGGCUGAAGACGCAGUCCUGAAGAUUGAUGGAGGGCCAUGCUAUUCAAACAGCAGGCGUUGCUGAGACAGAAGCUCUUUGUGCUGGGCAGCCUUGCUAUCGGGAGUCUCCUCUAUCUAGUGGCCAGGGUUGGGAGUUUGGAUAGGCUGCAGCCUAUUUGCCCCAUAGAGAGCAGACUGGGCCCUCUUCACCUGCCGGAGCAGAUCCCUCUCCGGACCCUGCAGUAUAAGCGUGGUCUGCUCCACGAGCUCCGCAAGGGCAAUGCCACCAAAGAGCAGAUCCGCCUGCACAACCUGGUGCAGCAGCUGCCUCGGGCCAUCAUUAUCGGGGUGCGCAAGGGAGGGACGCGCGCCCUGCUGGAGAUGCUCAACCUGCACCCGGCGGUGGUCAAGGCCUCGCAGGAGAUCCACUUCUUUGACAACGACCAGAACUACGCCCGGGGAAUCGACUGGUACCGGGAGAAGAUGCCAUUCUCCUUCCCCCAUCAGAUUACCAUUGAGAAGAGCCCCGCCUACUUCAUCACAGAGGAGGUCCCCGAACGCAUCUUCAAGAUGAACUCCUCCAUCAAGCUGCUGAUCAUCGUGCGCGAGCCCACCACCAGAGCUGUGUCAGACUACACACAGGUGCUGGAGGGCAAGGAGCGUAAGAAUAAGACCUACCAUAAGUUUGAGAAGCUGGCCAUUGAUGGAAACACGUGUGAGGUGAACACAAAGUAUAAGGCGGUACGGACCAGCAUUUACACCAAGCACUUGGAGCGCUGGCUGAAGUACUUCCCCGUGGAACAAUUCCACAUUGUGGACGGGGACCGUCUGAUCACGGACCCGUUGCCGGAGCUGCAGCUCGUCGAGCGCUUCCUCAACCUGCCGUCCAGGAUCAGCCACUAUAAUCUGUACUUCAAUGCCACCAGGGGAUUCUACUGCCUGCGAUUUAACAUUGUCUUCAACAAGUGCCUGGCAGGCAGCAAGGGGCGCAUCCACCCUGAGGUGGACCCCUCGGUGGUGGCCAAACUGAGGAAGUUCUUCCACCCCUUCAAUCAGAAGUUUUAUCAGAUCACUGGCAGGACAUUCAACUGGCCCUGAGAAACGAAGGGAAGAUCUAUAUAAAUGUGUUAACUAAUGUUGUUCUGUUGACAUUUUUAAGAUGUCAACCUCAAAAAUAUUAAAGGAUAUUAAAAAGCACUUUGAUUGAAUUUAACACCUAUGAGAAUGACAAUGUGACCAAAUAUGUAACAGAAUCAAUGUAUGUUUGUUUGUAAAUAUGUAAGGGGGGGCGGAGGAAAAAUGGUUUGUGAGUUACAAAACAAUUCAGUUUAUUGCGCCUGAUCUUCAUGUGUAAUAGUUCACCUGUUUGACACUUUUCCCCAUUUAUAAACUCAUAAUUUUGCCAUCCUCGCUCACAGUUUGACAAUUAUUGGGAUGAGUCUUGUCCUUGAGGCAGAAUUGAACGAUUUCCGCUAGAUGGGCCAGUUGCAAAGUCAAAAUUCGCUAUAUUGUAAAAAUUAUUUAUUUAAGAUUAGGAUUAGCAGUGUGGUUAGGCUUAAGGUUAGAUUUAAAAUCUGAUUUUAUGGCUUCGUGGCUGUGCCAGCUAGUGACCACUCUUCAGAGCUGCCUCCAGAACAGGUGGUGUCAUGACAAAAAAACACUGACCCACUCAUCUCUCAGCCAAUAUUGAAUGAAGGGUAUACUCUCAAAUGUGAGAUAGACAUGAGAUUAUUUUAAGAACGGUGUGGCUUUUUAAAGGAGACUUGUCAGUCAUCGACACACAUAUUUUACAGAUUGAAAAGCGUUCAUAAACCUAUAUGUGUGACAAUGUUUCAUAUUAAAACAACCUUGACGAAGACGUAAGCCAACAUGUUCUUACCGUUUUGAAUGGGAUAGUCAUGCAUUUAUUUGUCUCUCAUUUAGAUGUUGUUUCAUAUGUGCAAUGAACAUUGUUUUUUUUUAUGUAUUCCAGUAUCAUUCUUUAAACCUUUAUUUGUUUCUAUGUUGUUUUUAGAUUUAUUCAUGUUCUCCACUACCAUGAAGUGCUUGUAUCUGUAAUAUAACUCAGAAAUCUAGAUUGUCAAGAGGGAAUAGGAGCAUAGCAUUUCUCACCAAAUUCUGACUCAGAUAAAAAAAAGGUCUUGUAUGUCAAGCAUUUAAAUGUUGCAUAAGGGAUUUGAGUGGUAACUUUGUCCCCCCCAGUAUUGAAAUUGUUUGUCAUUGCCCUUGGCCAAAAGCCAUUGUAAAAAGUUAUUUGUUAGUUACUGUCAAACCAUCUAAUGCUUAUUCUACUACAAUUACCAGAUUUGUUUUAUGUGCAAAUAGCCACUCUGUAUCAUAAGUGUAUUGUUCUGUAACAAAAAAAAAAAAAAGGAUUUCAUUAAAAUAACAU